AUGGUUCCGGUUAGACCAGCCCCUGAGAACAAUUUACCUACGAAAGUCCCGACCUUCACUUCAACUUCCUUUCCUAUUCAAGACUCUCCAUCUAUCGCUGUCACAACUGCAAGCUCUGUUUUUCCGGCUGAGGUUACCACUAGCUCGACUAAAUUACUACAGCUUCGUUUGAAUAAGCGUCCGGAUGAUACCUCGGUUGAGAGCAAUGAUAGUCUUGGCUGGUAUUCUGAGCAAGGUCCUUCUAUUGAACAAUAUAAUAUUGAGCCACAACAACAUAUUCCUCCAGUGGCGCUCCACCCAUCAGCACCGCCCCCAACAGGCCGCUGUUUUCUGCCACAACCUCACAUUCUUGGCACAACGGAUGAGGAAGGUGAAGCAGAAGAGCAAGAAACUGAUCUUAAGAUGACUGAGAUGGGAGUAACUGAUAUCGAAUCCGGAUCACAGACCCGAAGGCCGCUUGAUAAGCUUGGCUCCAACACUGAUACGCAGAGCCAAGCUGUUAGUUUAGAUGUUGGAUACAAUUCUUUCAUUGCGACGGGUACUAGCUUGGAUAGCGGGGUUGGGGGGGAACUGCUUGAUCCCGAGGAGUUGGAGCCCGAGGAGGUGAAGCCUGAGUCGGUGGAUGUAUUAUGUCACAACUCUAAGAUGAUAUCUGUAGAUCGUGGGCUUUUAGCUGGAGGUCAGCGAUCACGCGGAAAAUUACAAUUGUCUAUCUGCUCUGGCGAUUUGGUAGCUCAGAGGCGGUCUAAUCUAGAUUUUGCAGGAACUUUUGGUCUAGAAACUCAUGAUCGCCCUGCUUGCAUUUUACCACAUAGACCUGCCGAGGAUGAUAAUUAUUUAGGUAUGCUGAUUUGA